AUGGUCAAAGAUCGGAAUGCGGUUGCGCACGCUGAAAUACAGAUCACCGAGUAUGAAAGAAGUCUGGCUUAUUUCACUCAGGAACUGGCCAAGCUACAAGCCCGAAAAGCGUCGGCCGAAGAAUCAUUAGAACCUGCGUUAGCUGCAUUGGAAAUCGGGUCUACACGGGCCAACUCUGUAAAAAAACAGUACACCAACCUUGAGCUAUCAACAAGCGAUACACCAUAUAACAAGCCCAAAGUGUCACUCAAACUACACGAAAUCGAUUACAAAGCGGAUCUCGAACGCAAGUUACUUUCUGGAAUCAAAAACUUGGUGGAAGCUAUCGGCCCCAGUAAAGGUGGUCGACGACGGCAAAGUGAAGUGAAUGCACAGAUGGAGCAAAGCUUACAAAAGCUGGAUCUAUUGAAUCGGGCGCUUCGAAAGUACAAAGGCCUAUAUCUCGAUGACACUCAAGACGAUGGAUUUGAGAGUACAUUAUCGACGGAACUACCAUCUGGCAUACGACAACCCGUGACAGGCACACUUCAUCUCCAGAUCAUGCAAGCAAGGAAUCUAGAACAUGUACCAACACGAUCAAUGCGUGCGCCUGUAACCGUCGCCACUGCCAAAAUGGAUGGAAAUAUUGUUUACCGCUCACACCCCACGCGAACAGACAAGUGGUUCGAGAAUUGCGAGAUCCACGUCAACAAAGGAUCCGAGCUUGAAAUUGAAAUUUACGACGAGAGCUCUGAUAAGCGACGACUUAUUGGCAUUAUCUGGCUGAAAAUAGCAGACAUUGCCGAAGCCUUACUCAGAGAUGGACAGGACGAUAUAGGAUGGGUUUCUGCAAGGAUCGCUCAGGAACAAGGGAAUAUCCUAUCUGCAGACUCGAAUGUCUCGGCUCAAACUGGAUAUUCAACACCAUCGCCCCCACCUCCACCGCCUAAUAAUGAAGCAGGGAUAAUGGAAUGGUUUGAUGUGGAGCCAUAUGGUGAACUUGCUUUACGGCUAAAUUUUGUGCGAGAAACUCUUAGUAAAAAACCCAAGAUAACUCGUAACAAACUGACCCGUGUGGGUGCUGUUCGUCAGAGGCCAGACGGAGAACGACACGAAGUCAACGGCCAUUAUUUCGUGGAACAACGCUUUUAUAAUGUCAUGAAAUGCGCACUUUGUGGCGACUUUUUGGUGAAAAGCGGGUUUCGUUGUGAUGAUUGUGCAUACACUUGCCAUAGAAAAUGCUAUGGAAGAGUUGUUACUAAAUGUAUAACGAGAUCACAAACAGAUAGUGACAAAGAAGAAGACCGCCUCAAUCAUCGUAUACCCCAUCGUUUUGUUCAAAUCACGAAUAUCGGGGCCAAUUGGUGUUGUCACUGUGGACAUGUGUUGUCGCUUGGCUCCCGCAAGGCACGAAAAUGCUCUGAAUGUGGCAUUACAAGCCAUACAACCUGUGCUCGGUUAGUACCCGACUUUUGCGGGUUGUCAAUGGAAAUUGCAAACCAAAUGUUGGCUGAGAUCAGAGCCGCGCAAGACCGACCAACCCCACCGCCGCAUCGACAGUCAAUGCCGGUACUGGCAGCCACAACAAGCGGCAGUACGCAAACGCCCGCACUGAUUUCUCGAACAAAUACUAUAGGGGAUGUGGAAUCCAUUGAUUCGCUCUCAGUGCAGGCUUCCGAUGCUGCAUCCGUUCGCCGAUAUUCCUUAACAAGUGUCGGUGACAGCAACAGUAACGAGGAUCCGUACUCCAACGUAUAUACAAGUGGUAAUACCGAUGCCAUGAUACCCAGGCUGCGUAUACCACCCAGAGGAAACCGUGUUACUUGUGAAGAGCAAGAACAGGACGAUAAUAGUACUGUUGUUGCAUCUCGUGAAGAUCCAUAUCUACGUAUCUACCAGCAGCUCGAUAUCCAACUUCAGGGUCAUUAUAGCGAAACACCUGUCAGCCACCAUAAUCUGAACACUCCGAUUGAUGACCUAAACGACCAACGUCGUCAAGAAGUAUCCCUUCAAGAUUUCUCUUUCCAAACAGUGAUCGGCAGAGGAACAUUCGGCAAGGUGAUUCUAGCAAGAAAUAACCAUGAUAGAAAGCCAUAUGCUAUCAAAAUACUUAAGAAGAGGUCAAUGCUCGAUGAUGAUAGCAUUGAGAGUACCCGUCUGGAAAAGCGCGUGUUUCAAGCUGUCAAUCGCAACUCACACCCAUUCUUGACUAAACUCCACUCAAGCUUCCAAACCGAUAGCCACCUUUUCUUUGUCAUGGAAUACAUAAGCGGCGGUGAUUUGAUGAGCCAUAUUCAACGCGAGACAUUUUCCGAAAGACGGGCAAAGUUUUAUGCAAGUGAAGUUCUACUUGGACUUGAACAUUUCCAUAACCUUGGUAUUAUUUACCGUGAUCUAAAGCUCGAAAACAUUAUGCUGGGUCCCGAUGGUCAUAUCAAGAUCGGUGACUAUGGUAUGUGCAAAGACGACAUGUGGUAUGGUUCCAAGACGAAUACCAUGUGUGGAACGCCCGGAUUUAUGGCACCAGAGAUUUUGUUGCAUCAAGGUUAUGGUCGUGCUGUCGACUGGUGGGCAUUCGGCGUACUUAUCUAUCAGAUGGUGUUUGCUAGGCCGCCUUUUCCUGCAGAACACGACGAUGAAAUAUAUGAUGCGACUUUGAACGACGAAAUUUUAUAUCCCAUGAAGGCCUCAACGGUGUCUAUUUCCAUUUGUGAGCAACUACUGAACCGGGAUCCGACGAGGCGGCUCGGAUCUGGAGAGGGAGAUGCAGCUGAAGUAAAAGCACAUCCCUUCUUCAAUGGUAUCGACUGGAAAGCCUUAUUAGCCAAGCGUGUAUGUCCUCCUUUCUUGCCGACAAUUGUUGGAGCUUUGGAUACCUCCAACUUUGACGAAGAAUUUACUCAGGAGACACCAGACAUAACACCAACAAACUCAAUACUAUCUCCUGCAGAGCAGCAAGAGUUUAAAGGGUUUGACUACACUGCAGAAUGGGCUGCUAAUAGUACCGAUGUGAUUAGCAGCAUCAGAGUCUAAAUACAUACUACCAUUAUUACAUUACAUAUUUUCUAACAUGACAAAUAACUACUACUGUAUACUACUAUGUUGACGACGAUAACGUACAUUACCAAUGGCCUUCA